AUGUUAUCACAUGAUAAUACAAUCACCAUGAUUGACUUAUAUGUAUUUGUGGCUAUAAUAACUAUCUGGUUAUUGCUGGUCAUAUACAGCACGUGUCAACACAUAUACACCGAUCGGUUGAACGCGAGCCGUGAGUCCAAUGGCAGCGCAUGUGUUGAGCAAAACCAUGUGUUACACGCGUUGUCUUUGGUCUCAAACUAUCGACAAUCGAUUCGCGUUAACACAAGUCAUACGUCUAGUAAUGGGAACCCUUUGGAUGGCAUACGAGUGUUGUGUCACUUAUCUAUUGUUUUACAUCAUUUCGCCCACAGUCUCAACGCCAAUAAAACAUCGCAAACAGUGGGGGUUUUUCAUAUAGUGCAACAUAAGUUCUUAAGUCUUUACGUUAAUGGCGGGUGA